CAGGCUUGAAAACUACUGAUGGAAAAACCGUGAUGACACACAGCUUAGUUUUAACACUCUGCUGGAUUCACGAUUUGUGCUGAGGCAUUGUCAGUCUUCGGGAGGAUGUUGGGUUUGCUUUGGAUCACUGGGUGCUUUUUUUUUCUCUCACUUCACAACCUGGGUUAUUUGAAUGUGACAUCUGCUGAACUCUCAGAAUAAACACGGUCAUGUCCUUGCCGCACCGUGUGGACGGGCGGGAGCAGCAGAUUGCUCUGCAGCAGCAGCAGUCCUUCCUCCCGCAGCGUGGUGGUUUUCAGGACCACUUUGUCAUGCCUCCUGAGCCCAAGUACUGCUGCGAGCACUGUCACAUGGUGCUGUGUAAACCUCGGCAGACCGAGUGCGGACACCGCUUCUGCGAAAGCUGCAUUAUCCAGCUGCUUAGUAAAACGAAUCCGGUGUGCCCAGCUGAUAUGGAGCCAUUAUCUCCAGAAAAAAUAUUUCGUGAUGUUUGCUGCCAUAGAGAGAUCAUGACACUGAAAGUCUUCUGCCGCAGCGCGAAAAACGGAUGUAAAGAACAAAUGAGUUUACAGCAGGUUACGGACCAUUUGAACAUGUGUGAGUACUUUGAGGUGCCGUGUCCGUUGUGUAAAGAGAAGAUUAUGAGGAAGGACAUGCCUGAACACUUGAGCCACAAAUGCAAAUACCGUGAGACCACCUGUGAAUUCUGCAAGCACAAAAUGGCCUUAACGGAACUACAGAAACACAAAGAAACUGUCUGUCCUGCAUUUCCAGUAUCAUGCCCCAAUCACUGUUCAUUUUCAUCCAUUUUAAGAAGCGAGCUGUCCAUUCACCAGCAAGAUUGUCCAAAGGCUCAAGUCACAUGCUCCUUCUUUCGUUUUGGCUGCACCUACAAGGGUUUGAACCAGGAAAUUAGGGAGCACGAGUCAAGCUUUGCCUCAGAACACUUGCGACUGAUGAUGGCCAGAAGCAAUACUCUUGAGGCCAAGGUGGAGGACGUCAAGAACGAGCUGCUGGAGCGCUACGCGGUUCUCCCGGGUCUGAGCAGUCGUCUUACAGAAGUGGAGGAACAGUACAAAGAGAUGAGAGAGAAAUAUCGACAAGUGGAGCAGAAACUCUCCAGCAUGCAGAAGCUAAUGAGCGCACACUCAGAGAAACUGCUGGAGGUGGAGAUGGAGCUGAGGGAUCUGCGGUCAUUAAGGGCCAUGCGUGAGGACAUGGAAGCUCUGAGGGGUGCCGUGGAGAGCAUGCGCUCUGUCGUAGCGUCGCUCGACACUGUCCGAAGCAGUCCAGGUUCCCACACGCUAACCUCAUUAGAGACACAGCUGUCACGGCAUGAUGAGCUGCUCAGUGUGCAUGACAUUCGUUUGGCUGACAUGGACCUUAAGCUGCAGGUGCUGGAGACAGCCAGCUUCAAUGGAACUCUUAUUUGGAAGAUUCGUGACUACAAACGGCGCAAGCAAGAAGCGGUGGCUUCUAAAACAUUGUCGCUUUACAGCCAGCCCUUCUAUACCGGCUAUUUUGGCUACAAGAUGUGUGCACGUGUUUAUCUGAACGGUGACGGCAUGGGAAAGGGCACCCACCUGUCACUGUUCUUUGUGGUGAUGCGUGGUGAGUAUGAUGCGCUGCUGCCAUGGCCUUUUCGCCAAAAAGUGACACUCAUGCUAAUGGACCAGGGUCCUACACGCAAGCACUUGGGUGAUGCCUUCAAGCCUGACCCAAACAGCAGCAGCUUCCGGCGGCCAACAGGGGAGAUGAACAUUGCAUCGGGUUGUCCGCUCUUUGUCGCCCAGACCGUUCUGGAGAACGGCACCUACAUCAAAGAUGACACCAUCUUCAUCAAGGUCACAGUGGACACUUCAGACCUGCCUGACCCAUGACACCUGGACAGUUAUCCCAUUGGUCAGUACCACUGUCAUUUUCAUGUCACUGAACCUCAAAGUGCUAAAUAUUUAAAAUGAAUAUUUCAUCGGUCUGUACCACACCCCUUAGCCUGUCACUUUUAAGUCCAAAGUCAGGUUUGAACGAUCAGGACGGUCUAGCACUAAAAACACAAUAAUGCAACUGUUGGACAAAUACAGGGUGAUUCAGAAAAUUGUUACCACCUAUAUGACACUACAACAUUGUGACACUCUUACACAAUGAGGAUAAGUUACUAGUUACAGGCUAUAAAAUGUAACUCCAAUGCAUUGCCUCCACUUUUGCACCAACAGUCAACAGUACUCUAAAGAAAAGGAAAGAAAAAUGGUUGCCAAUAAGUGCUAACAUUUUUUGAAUCACACUGCAUGUUUUCAGACCGACCGCUUAAGGGCUUGGUGAAAUGAUAUCAAAAUUAUGAUAUAAUAACAUCAUGACACACUUUUCCCAAGUAUCCAUUUAUUGUCAGUAGUUAGUCCUUUGAUAAAUCCCUACUGGCAUCUGACAGUUUUGCAAAUACACCCUGUGUCCUUUAAAAGAAGCUUUCCUUCCUAAAUAAGUGCGUUAUGAAAGACCAGUUAUAAACUUCAUCAUCAUCAUCAUCAUACUUUGUUAUCAUCACGUGAACCUUUUCUAAUAAUAAUAAGAAUAAUUCAAGAAAAUUCUGUAUCAGUUCAAAGUGAACAUUUCUUUUCAUUUAAAGAUGAAUAUGAAUUUCUUGCUUUUCAGUUCAUUCCUUUAUAACUAACCCAAAGCAAGGUUUAAAAACUUUUUGAAAAGCAGCGCACACUCAGUUCUUCAUUUGGAAGACUUUUUAUCCAGUUUGUAUUGAAUGUGAUUUGUUUCAUGCCAGAGGGCCCGGUGCUCAUCAGGGAUGUUACAAGGUCACAGGAUUGGGGGAAAAACAGAGCAGAAACCGAUGAGAAGAAUCAACCAAACACAAGAGUGGGAUGAGAGUCUCAGGCUGGUGCUCCUGAAACAGUGUAGGCGCAGUUGCUCGAGUUGCUUGAGAUGGUGCUCUGCUUUGGAUCAUGACCAGGGUAGAGGAGGUCUCAGAUAGCCUCAUUGUUCAAGAUGGAGCAGAAACAGCAAAUGGUUUUCACCUCAAAUCCACAAUAUGUCAUUGUCUGUGCUGGUACAGACUUGGAGAAAGAGAAAAUGUCAGGUGAUGAGGCCAACAUGAAGAACUGCCUUUCAGAGAGGAAAAGUAAGAGGGAUCCGUUUGUUCUGUGUAACCGACACGUUGUUGUACUUUUUAGAACCCCAGUUUAAAAAGAUUAAGAGAAAUUAAAAGAAAUACAUCAAA